ACACAUGAGAAUGUACUGUGUGAGGCUCCAGAAGUGGAGCAAAUGAAGACAGUUGCCUCCAAGGUUCUCUGUCGUAGUCACCUGGAAUACAAUCACAUAAUCUAGACUCGCGUCCUUUUCCUUAGGUAUCUUCUAGGAGCCAAAAAAACCCCUUCUUUACCCUCACUCGAAGCCCUCUUGUAUUUAUCAUCGAGCGAAGAACUUUUCAUAAAUAGUACUUCUUUUUAGCAAUUUAUUGCACUUUAUUACCUUAAUUGAGGGAUGAGUUUUUCCUCGAUCUGGGAAUAAGUACAUGGCGACGGGAAUAGGGGUGGGUAGCGGAUUUCCCAGUCCGAUGACUGCUGACCAAUAGGAAUUUGCAUUUAGACCAAUUAGGAAAUUAGAUCGUCAAUCCCAGGUGGUACAUCCUAGGUCACGGAAUUAAUGGCCGCUUUCUGGAAGCUGGAAUGGAAUUUCCAACGCGCCUCUAAUGAAACGUGCCUUGCGGGAUGACGAACUGCCUUGCGAUGAUCGGUGUCUUUCUGUCUAUACAUGAGACUAGAUUCUGGGAUAUCGGAAUAGACUGCAAUUUUUACGAAACUAUCAUCAUCGCUGCGAGCAUGCUCGCCCCGUAAUAUAAUAGAACAUCUCUGCAGAUAAAAAUCGCCAUGUAGUUUGUAUGUUCCUAAAAUCUUAGUAAAGAUCAUAUGCCUAAGAAAGAUCAAAAUGCCUUCAACAGACCCCUCUCCCGCUUCUCAUUCCCUUACGAAUGGCGAUACUAAGGGUCUUAAAGUUAGCAAUGCUCAAAUCAAAGGCUGGAGAGAGCAGCUCAACGACGACGAUUACGCCGUGCUUGCAUUGCGCAACCUAAUAUUCGACAUAUGUCAUCAGAAUAGUGGCGGCCAUGGCGGUUCAGCCAUUGGCAUGGCCGCCAUUGGUGUUGCACUUUACAAGUACGUGAUGCGCUACAACCCCUCAAAUCCAGACUGGUUCGACCGCGAUCGGUUUGUUCUCUCGAACGGCCAUGCCGCCAUGUUCCUAUACGCCUUAAAUCAUCUGACCGGCUUCGACAACUGGACGAUGGACGAGAUCAAAGGUUAUGGCAGUGCCAAGACGGACGGUUAUAAGACAAUAUGCCAUGCGCAUCCCGAGAUCGAGGUCCCCGGCGUAGAAGUUACGACAGGACCUUUAGGCCAAGGGAUUGCGAAUGCUGUCGGUCUUGCCAUCGCUUCUAAGAACCUCGCCGCACGCUAUAACCGCCCCGGGCAUGAUAUCGUCAAGUCGCGGAUUUACGCCAUGUGCGGAGACGGUUGCCUUAUGGAGGGCGUCGCUUUGGAAGCCAUUUCGUUAGCUGGUAGCUUACAACUCGACAACUUGGUGGUCCUCUAUGAUAAUAACCAGGUUACCUGUGAUGGUCCACUCGACUGGAUCAACACGGAAGACGUCAAUGCUAAGAUGAGAGCGAGCAAUUGGCACGUGCUUGAGGUUGCGGAUGGGAACUACGACGUACAAGCUAUAGUCUCGGCCCUUAACUACGCAAAGGUACUCAAAGGCAAGCCCGUGUUCAUCAAUAUCCGCACCGUCAUCGGUCUAGGAACAUCAGUUGCCGGCACGUACAAGGCGCACCAUGGCGUCUUCGACAAGGAGAGUGUUGAGAUCUCUAAGCGGCUCGCGGGACAAGAUCCGUCUGUGACGCACGUCGUUCCUCCGAAUUCCCUAGCAUACUUCAGAGAGCGGAAAUUCCACGGAGAGUCACUCGAAAAAUCGUGGAAUACUCUCCUAACCGAAUAUGCAUCUGACUAUCCUGACCUGGCUGCGUCCUUAACCAAGGCUAGAAAGGGAGAUAAUGGAACGGAAUGGCUCGAUAUAUUGAAGGGGAUCGACAGCACGCAGUUCCAAGGGAAGGCCACCCGUGAUGCAAACGGUGUCUUGAUCGACAAGAUCUGGAAAGCACACCCAGCGCUAUGCGGAGGCGGCGCAGAUUUGGUGAACUCCAACAAGGUGUCUUACUCCCCUGAAGACGUAUUCCACCCAACGGUCGGCUAUGCGGGUCGUUACAUUCGAUACGGUAUCCGAGAACACGCGAUGGCGGCGAUCUCAAACGGUAUCGCCGCCUAUAACCCGGGCACCUUCUUGCCCAUUACCGCCACAUUUUUACUCUUCUACAUAUAUGCCGCACCGGGUGUCCGAAUGGGCGCUUUGAGCCAUCUACCUGUGAUUCACUUCGCGACGCACGACUCCUUCGCAGAAGGCCAGAACGGACCGACACACCAGCCUGUCGAAGUAGACUCGCUCUAUCGCGCCAUGCCAAACUUGACGUACAUCAGACCCGCCGAUGGCGAAGAAGUCAUUGGCGCGUGGAUAUUGGCCAUGUCUAAGCGUGACGGACCCACACUAUUGUCUCUCGGCCGAGACCCUGUCGGACACGUGCCCUCAACGAACCGCUAUAAUGUUGCCAAGGGCGCCUACGUGGUAGUCGACGUACCUGACCACAAGCUCACGCUAGCUAGCGCUGGCACGAACCUGCACUACGCGGUCGCGGCGGCCGAGUCGUUCACCAAAUCUGGCAUUCCUACCCGCGUGGUCAGCGCGCCUAGCUUCGAGCACUUCGACAAGCAAGACGCGGAAUACCGCAACAGCGUUUUCCCUCUAGAUGGAACCCCCAUCGUUAGCGUGGAAGAAUACGUAGCCACGACGUGGGCGCGAUACGUGACGGCAAGUGCCGGCAUGACGACGUAUGGAUACUCGGCAUCCAACGCGAGCAACUAUGACCGCUUUGGCCUAGAUGCCAAGGGCAUUGAGAGGAGGGUGCGGAAGUAUCUCGAGGAUCUAAAUGGCGCCAACGCUAGACAAGCGGGCUGGCGGCAAAUUUAGGGAGUUUCACUCGGACUCGGCUCUAUUUACUGUAAUUAAUUAGAAGUAGGUAAAAAUUCAUGGGAACAUUAUGUAAUUCAAGUUCGUCGUUUUGAUUUCUGUGAUUGCAAGGCACUACGUGAGAAGAUUCGCAUGGUGAUUGGUGUUG